AUGUGCUCGCGGCCGGGCAGUGCCGGGGCUCAGCAGCAUCCUCCGGGGCCGCCGCGCCCGCGCCCCGCCGGCGUCUCCCGCCUCGGCCCCUCGCUCGCGCCGCCCGCGGGCGGAACCGCAGCCGCUGCUAUUUCUGGGCCGCCGGCCCCGCCGCGGUGGAUCACGUGGCCGCCGGCCGGCUCCUCCCGGGCGCGUCGGGUCCAGCCUCGCCGGCCCCCAGCUCCCAGGAACGCCCCCGGACGGCGUCAGCCACCCGGGACCUGCGGCGUCGCCGGCGGAUUGCCUCCGCCCUCGGACCAGCCCCAUGCAGGUCGGCCUCCUCCAGCGCCCUCCGGCAUCCGCCCCUCCCGGCCCCGCCUGGCCGCAGGGCCCGGGUGGGUAGGAAGGACUGGACCGGCCGUGUGGAGACCUGGCCCCACUACCAGCGGGUCCCUGAAGAUGCCAUUCUCAUCUGGAAAGCGGAUGCUCUCGGCCGAGGCCCUUUGCGUGGCAGCGCGUGGAGGUCUGCGGCUUGAUUCCCAAAAGCCAGUCAAACCAGAGUGGAAGCCUCCGCUGUGUUCUACAUCCUGUGCAGUGAGUGGAGCUUUGUGAAGUUGCCUUAGAUUGCUAAGAGCAGAACUGUGCCCAGACAGAAAUAGGCAAACCGAAUUUCUCCUGUGCUCCCUUACUCUUUUUCAUGACUGCUCUCAUUCUGCUCUCUUCUCCACUAGCCCGGGUGCCUGGGAAGCUUGUGUCCUUUCUAGGCUCUCCCAAAAGAGUCCCCUAUCCAGACCUUCCCUCCCUGAGAAUCACCCCAGUCUAUUUGUCCUUCUCCCCUCUCCUAGUUAUAUUAAAAAUGACCUCAUUUGUGUCUCAUUCUGAUCAGGCCUUGGGCUCUUCUUUACAAAGUGGCGAUCCUAGUCUGUCAACUGACUCGUGUUCAUGGGUUUAUACUCUCUCCCCAGCCAGGUCACCCCUGAACUUAAACAUGGCGUCAUGAAAACCAGGUCCCCAUGAUCACCCUAAGGUAACCUAUAAAGCUUUAGCCCAGGAAGGCAGGAAGAUGACUGCUAGGAGACAUAUUUUAAGAGUGAUAGGUCAGAGGCAGCUCUUGACUUUUUAAAAAAGUGCCAUGUUCUCUAUUGUUACACUCUAUGAUUACUGUACUAAGGGCCCAUCCUGACUCCUCUGGAAUUUUCUGCAAAUAUGGAGUUCUGGUGUAACUUCAGCAGGGAUAAAAAAUCAAUGGUACAUAACUGACAAUUUAUCAAAUUAAGAAAUAGAACAUGCAAGUUUUUCUUAUGAGAAUUUUGUAACAUAAAUGGUCAUUGUGCUAAUUCAGACCUCCAUUUCUCUGCUACUAUAAAGUCUCCAAGAGAAAAAGCCAGUAAUGGUCAUAAAACUGAUCAUGUUUUUUGAUUCAGGAAUUCCUUUUUUGAACAAUAACAUACAAAGGCAAAAAGUAAACAAAGGUGCCUGUUUGAACAUAAACACAUAUGCAGACAAAGAAACAAAUAAAUGGGUUAGAGAAACAAUGACAAAAAGGUUAUCUCCAUGGAGGUAAAGGGAGGAUUGUUGCAUUAAUUGUAACUUAACCUCUUAACAUUUGAGGAAUGAUUAAGCAAGCUAGGGUGUCUUCACUGGGUAUAUUUAAUGGCGUACAAUAGUAUAUGUUACUUAGUUAUUAAGUGAAAUGUGCAUACUAUAUAGAUUUAUAGAGACGUUUAUAGUAAAUAAGAUUCUGUGAAAAUAAUAUGACUCAAAAUGUUAAAUAGGAUAAGCAAUAUAAAUGUGUUACAACGCCCUGGAGCACAGGCUGAUCCCUGGAGACCAGUACUGAGUCAUCUGGUCUGCUCAAGGGCCAAUUAAGGAAAAAUAAAAAUGUUUACAAACCU